CAUUUGUUCUCCUAUCCCUCGUUUCACUUGGGACGAUUCUGAAGAGGGGUGAGUAAGUGAGGACGUGUGUGAGUUCCCAAGUGUUCCCGUGGCUUCAAGACAGUCAUUUUCUUGUACUCGAGCCAAAUCCGCAAAAAUGACAACAAAUCUCGGAACGACUUAAGAAAGGCGGAGAUCGCACGGAAAACCCGAUAUUCGCCUGUCAAACCGGUUUGACACUUCCCUUGAGAAGGAGUCCAGACGGAAAUGGGACGCUGAAAGACGCUGAAAGACGCUGAUGAUGAUAAUGAUGAAGUGCCACCACCACCAAGUUCGUGUCCUGUUUUCGGUGCUUUUACUCGAUGUUGUGCUGAGUGGCUCAGACGAACAACUGGUGACCCUCCCACCCCCCGCCAAACCCACGGUCAAAAUGCUCCCCACGUACCAGGAGAUGAUGCGGAAGCAUCGGGAAUAUCCCACGGUGUCCCCUCGAUACUACUACGAAUACCCGCAUCCUAAUUCCAAUGAGAUUCCUCCGUUGGACGAGUCGGAUUUUGUGGAAAUGAAGCCACUGAGCUCCGAAGACGUCUCCGAAAGUUCGGCGGAGGGAACGAGUGAAACCCAGGUUUUUAUGACCACCACGGAUGUUCCAAGCAACGGUGAAGCGCCAGAAACGCUGCAAAACGAGGGAGAGACUUUAGCGGGCAAUUUCACUCUGAGCGUAAUGAACGACACCAACAAGGAGGAUCCAACGGACAACGUCACGUCGGUUCUCAUGGAAUUGGAACAAGAGGAACAAGAGGAGAGGGCAUUUGUUGACGACGAGGAAGAGCAAUUCGAAUUUGAAGAGGAAGAUCAAGAAGAAGAAGAAGAAGAAGAUGAGGAAGAGGCACUAGCAGAGGAACUGCUCGGUCAAGAGGAAGAAGUAGAAAAAGUAGAAGAAACUGUAAAGGCAAAUGGACGGGAUGAGGAGGAGCCCCUUGUGAUUGAGGAACAAAAGAAUAAUUUGUGCUCAAGUCCCGUUGAUGCGCCGUCAGAACCGUCCAGGCCGGUUUUGCCCUUGUUCCAAAUUGAUGACAGACUUUAUCACAUGCGGCAGACCCUCUUGGAAUCCCUCGAGUGUGGCAAUGGAAAUUGCACUCAAAUCAUCAUCGAUUCUUCAGGGGAGCCUUUUCUUUGCCACCCUGCCAGGCUUGGUCUUUUCACUCUCUCAACCCUUUUUGAAGGCUACCCGGUCUAUUCGAAAAAAGCCAGCUCGCAACACUUGUUUUUUAAGCUAGAAUUUGACCGAUGGGAGUAUGCUCAUCGAAUUGAACGAUGGGUCGUGGGACCCAUGAUUGGAGAAGCCGAGGGUGGAAUACUGUUUCUCACACAAGAAAUGUGCCCUUGGAAGAUUGACGCCAAAAGAACCGAGGUGUUUUUCUAUCACAAGAAAGUGAAGAACACGUGGAACCCCAUUGGGAACGGAUGGAAAUUGGACGAUUCCAUUUCAAUCAACUGCUACAAUCCAGACAUGUUUCCUCCCUAUUCAUGCAGUUGUGAUAAAUUCGAGCUAUUCAGCAAUGGCAACAUUGCAACUCUUCACCCUGAGAAAAUUGGAGUCUAUGAACUUCAAGAAUUUCGUUCCCUGGAUGGGAUCUUGUCGCCAUUGUACAAGCAUGUGAGUGGCAAGUUUUGGCUGUACUCUCACCAUCACAGAGGACAACUUUGGCUCAUUGGCAGUUCAUUGAAGAGUUGGUCCCUCCGCCUGAAUCUGAGGAACCCUGACCAAGACGACGGAUUCGGGCAAUCCUGUCCGGAUCACGGUCCUAGUCGAGCUAAAUCUUGGGAGUACCUUCAGAGGAAACUACACGAAGAAGAGAUCUGGAAGCCUGACAAGAAUGCCAAGCUGUUUUGUCGAGACUGAUCCUACUCUACUCGUACGUUUAAUUGACUAGGUUGCCAAAAGUAAAGCCGCCCUAAGACAGGAAACAUUCCUACCCGUUUGACUUUUAUUGGAACUCCUUGAUCCACUCCACCGGUCAUGCGAAAACCCCAAGGAGGACCACCUGUCAAGGUCACUUCUCGAGCACUCAUGGUCACAGAAUUCAGAUCAACAACACCUGGAAACGAGAGAUUACAUAUUAUACCGUGAAUAACUAUCCAAUGAAUGGAACAAUGUUGAUAAAUCAAUAAACCAUAACUCGAUUCA